CCUCUUGCACCACUCUGGCCCUGGGCUGUCCCAGCCAAAGAUCAGAGGAAUUCAGAGAGAGAGACAGCCAGAAGGAACAAGUAACUGGACGAGGCAGGCUCUUGGAGAGUGGAGUCAAGUUUUACAGGAAUUCCUAACCCAUCUCAGAAGAGGUGGCUGUGAUCCAGUGUGGGCUGAGCGGCAUUGGCCCCAGUGCCUGGAGUCCCCACAUUAGUGCCUCCCUUCGGUGGCUUGUGGCUGCUGCCUCCAGGGGCCCCUGAUAAGGUCUCACUCCCUCUCCUGCCUGCCUCUUGACAUUGAAAUAGGGGCUGGAAUUCACUGCACCCCAUGAAUCAUGGGACCCAGAAUAGGGCCAGUGGGUGAGGAGCCCCAGAUACCAGGCAAGGACACCAAGGCCAUGAUGAACGCAGAAGAUACACCUGGAGGCAAAGCCAGCCCAGACCCUCAGGACUUGAGGCGAAGCGUGUUCUAUAGCAUCAAGUUCUUCGUCCUGUGUCACAGCCUGCUGCAGCUAGCACAGCUCAUGAUCUCCGGCUACCUCAAGAGCUCCAUCUCCACAGUGGAGAAGCGCUUUGGCCUCUCCAGUCAGACCUCAGGGCUGCUGGCUGCCUUCAACGAGGUGGGGAACACAGCCCUGAUUGUGUUUGUGAGCUACUUUGGCAGCCGGGUACACCGGCCCCGACUCAUCGGCUACGGGGCUGUCCUUGUGGCCCUGGCAGGCCUGCUCAUGAGUCUCCCACACUUCAUCUCGGAGCCAUACCGCUACGACCGUAUUAGCUCCGUGGACAUGCCACAGGAUUUUGAGGCUUCUCUGUGCCAGCCCACAACCUCGGUCCCAGCCCCAACCCCAGCCCCCUCCAACAGCAGCUGCUCAAGCUACACGGAGGCCCAGCACCUGGCUGUGGUGGGGAUAAUGUUCAUGGCCCAGACCCUGCUUGGCGUGGGCGCGGUGCCCAUUCAGCCCUUCGGCAUCUCCUACAUCGAUGACUUUGCCCACAACAGCAACUCGCCUCUCUACCUUGGGAUCCUGUUUGCAGUAACCAUGAUGGGGCCAGGCUUGGCUUAUGGGCUGGGCGGCCUCAUGCUGCGCCUUUAUGUAGACAUCGACCGGAUGCCAGAAGGUGGUAUCAGCCUGACCUCGAAGGACCCCCGAUGGGUGGGGGCCUGGUGGCUGGGCUUCCUCGUCUCCGCUGGUGCGGUGGCCCUGGCUGCCGUGCCCUACUUCUUCUUCCCCAAGGAGAUGCCCAAGGAGAAGCACGAGCUCCGCUUUCGGCGAAGGGCCUUGGCAGCCGCAGCCUCACCUGUCAGCAAAGGUGAAGAUUCUCCCUCUGAGCAGAGCCCGGGGGAGUCCCAGGAGAAGCAGGAUAGCCUUACCCAGAUUGCACCAGACCUGACAGUGAUCCAGUUCAUCAAAGCCUCAGCCCACGUGUGCGGAAAGCAUGUGUGUCCGAGGCCAGAAAUCCCAGCCUCCAGCCAGCUCUGUCCCCAGCUGGUUUUCUACACCAACUGCAGCUGCGUAGUGGGGGGCGGCCCUGUGCCAGCGGGCUCCUGCGACUCAGCCUGCAGCCACCUGGUGCUGCCCUUCAUGCUCCUGGUCAGCCUGGGUGCGGCCCUGGCCAGUCUCACCCACACACCUUCCUUCAUACUCAUCUUAAGGGGAGUGAAGAAAGAAGACAAGACUCUAGCCGUGGGAAUCCAGUUCAUGCUCCUAAGAGUUUUGGCCUGGAUGCCCAGCCCGGUGCUCCACGGCAGUGCCAUCGACACGACCUGCGUGCACUGGGCCCAGAGCUGUGGGCGUCGGGCCGUCUGCCACUACUAUGACCACGACCUGCUCCGAAACCGGUUCAUUGGCCUCCAGUUCUUCUUCAAGACGGGCUCCCUGGCCUGCUUUGCCUUGAUUUUGGUCAUCCUAAGGCAGCAAGACAAAGAGGAGGGGACCCAGGUGACCGUCUCCCCAUCUGGCCUACAGCAGCAGCUGUUGGCAUCGGGGCCAGGAAAGAAGCCUGAGGAAUCCAGAGUGUGAGCUGGCCCCAGAGGGGCAGGAGUACCUCCUCUGGACCCUUUGUCCAAUCUUGGGUGUCAGGAACCCUGUUUUCCAAUUCUGGCUUCUCUGCUAACUUGCUCUGUGACUUCGGGCAAGUCACUGACCCUCUCUGGGCCUCUGUUACUCAUCUGAACCAAAGAGUUGUCUAGGGGUUUGGUGUGUUGGCCACGUCUAAAGCACGGUGGUCCUCCCCCUUGCUCCCCCAGCCACACGGGCUGACCUGAAACCAGGCUUUCCUGGUGGAAGGACUGUGUAUCUUUCCCCCAGGCCCUAGAAUAGAGAAGUAGACAAUAGUAGGCCAGGCUGCCUUACACACCUGGUCCUAGCCCAGCUCUGGCACUCACCUGGAGCACCCUACCCUCUCUGGGCCUUAGCCACCAUCUCUGACAGGUGGAAGUGGACUUGGGGGCUUGUAGGCCCCUUCUGGCUAUGACCAUCUGUGUGGUCAGGAUGGACUCAGGUCUCCUCCCCAGCCCCACUCAGCCUGGAGGUGGGGCCAGGACAGCCUGUCAAGAAAUAUCCAUUUGGCGCCCCCUGGAGGCAGAGCCCUGAGCUCUGGGGUGGGCCCACUGGGGAGGAAGCUGGCCUCACAGAACAUUCAGGUGGGCCAGGGCCUUCAGCAAACUUGGCGUGAGGGCCCCUGGGGCACUUAGCUGAGGUGGGAGGAUCUCUCUGUAGACUCAGGAAAGUCCAGUCCUUGCCCUCAGGGAGCCACAGUCUAGGCGAGGCCUGGUCUCUGCCUUAGGGGCUCCAGUGAGGAGGGAGAUUCAGGCCCCACACUUGGGCAUUUUCUGACUUCAGAGACCAAACACACUCAGCACACAUUCACUGGUACUUAAUGCCACCAUAACUUCACACAUUUGGCCAGGGCCCACCAAAAUCGCUGUGACCCUUGUUGAUGACAAUCCAAAUUUCACCAUUUCCUUCCCGGUGCCUGAAUCCGUGCCGCCUAGCGCUCCGUAGAUAACGUCUGGUUCUGCGAUAAUCAUGUUUUGGGGGCAACGUCUUGUUCUCUGUGAUGCCUGAGUUGGUGUAAGGACCUGUUCUUUGUAAGGCCAAGGCCUAUAAUGUCCGCUGUGUGUAAGGAGUGGGUCUGUGGAAUGCUUGGAUCUAACCACCUGGUCCUUCAGUGGGCCUUGUCUUGUUCUAUGGCUGGUCUUCUCCAGCCUGGUUAUCCCCCAUCCUCCCCGCCCCGCGCCAACCCCGGGAAGCGGUGAGAGUUUCCUCAUCUACUCCAGCCCAUUCUGUUGCCACCUGACCUGACCUGACUGAGACCUGCUUGGGCGGCAGGAGACAGCUGUCAGCAGCGGCUUCCCAAGCCCUGUGACCAGCCCUGUGCUGGAGGCAGGGGAGAAGCUGGGGGGCAAGCGGGGGGCAGUGGGGACACGUGUGGCUCUGGCCCUCCGAACAGCUCCUGUGGCAGGACUUUGAGGCUCUCCCACGCGAAAGAAGAGGAAGAAGAAGGUACAGAAAUUCGAACUCCCAUUUUGAUUCUACUGGUUGACACCUUGAAUGUUUAGUAAAUAUCUGAGCCUGUAUUUAUCAAUGCCAAGAAUUUCAAGGUUUCUUCCAACAAGAUGAGGCCGUUCACGUGUGUAUAUUCCUUCUCCUUCCCUCCUGUUCCCCAGGUUUUGCAGAAAUAAUCUGGAAUUAUAGACACAGCUUAUUAUUAAAUUUGUUCUUGCAUCAUG